ACGUGGUGGAGAAAGAGGACAUGGUGAAAGAGGAGGACGUGGUGGAAGAGGAGGAGGAGGUGGUGAAGGAGGUGGAGGUGGAGAACGACGGCGACAAGGAAGGGGAAGAGCAAGGGCACGAAGACAGUCAGUCUCGGAUGAAAUUCGAGCCACUUUAGUUGACCAUGUCCUUGUCCAUGGGAUGACUAUGAGGGAGGCUGGGCAACGAGUACAACCAAAUUUGAGUCGCUUCACUGUUGCCUCCAUCAUCAGAACCUUCAGGGAGGAAAACAGGACACAGAGACGACCACCUGGUGGAGGCAGGUUAAGGCUUUUGUCGGAGGAGCAAGAGAGGGAACUUGUAAACAUGGUAAUUGCAAAUAAUGUAAUCCGCCUGCAAGAGAUUCAAAGGAGAGUGAUUGAGGAUGAUCAUCUUUUUCGAGGCAUAAAUGCCAUCAGCCUCUCCACAAUUGACCGCAUCCUCCGAAAGAAUCAAUUCCGGAUGAAACAGGCAUACCGAGUCCCUUUCGAACGAAACUCUGACAGAGUGAAAAACCAACGUGUGGAAUAUGUUCAGAGAAUCUUUGAGAUUGAAGGACGGCCUGUUCCCCAUGAAAUGAUCUUUGUGGAUGAGGCAGGUUUUAACCUGACCAAAAGAAGGAAAAGGGGGAGGAACAUAAUUGGCCAUCGGGCUAUUGUAAAUGUCCCUGGUCAGCGUGGGGGGAAUGUCACUAUGUGCGCAGCCAUCAGCCAACGAGGGGUACUCCACCGCCAUGCCGUACUAGGACCCUAUAACACUAUGCUUCUCCUUGCUUUUCUUGAUGGUUUAAGACAACAUAUGUUCCAGCUGGACUACAGGGAACCAGCACAGCCAGAGCAGCCUCACUACGUUGUUGUGUGGGAUAACGUCAGCUUCCAUCGCGCUGCUCUGGUUCGUGACUGGUUUACCAAUAACCCAAGGUUUUCUAAUAUCUUUCUGCCUGCAUACUCCCCCUUUCUAAACCCGAUAGAGGAGUUAUUUUCGGCAUGGCGGUGGAAAGUGUAUGACCGAGAACCUUAUGUCCGUGUUCACCUCCUUCAGGCCAUGGAAGAGGCCUGCCUAGACAUAUCAGUAGAUGCAUGCCAGGGGUGGAUCAGGCAUGCAAGAGGAUUUUACCCCCGCUGCCUGGCUGGGGCCAAUAUAGCCUGUGAUGUGGAUGAGAUUCUCUGGCCUGACCCAGACCAAAGACAAGAUGCUGUGGUGGGAUAAUGUUUCUGGUGUGUGUUGUACUGUAUAGUACAUGAAUGACAAUGUGCCACUGUACAUACAUUGGUUGCGUCUUUUGUGUUUAUCAUGUGACAAGGGUUUUGAAGGGGAGAACCAUAAGCAACCUAAUUGUUUUGGAACUAUUGUUUUGAAUUAAUUGUACCAGUGUGCAAAACUCUGUUGUAGUGUGUGUGUUUUUGAGGGCUUGUGUUUGAUGUCUGAGGGCAAAGUUCGGUUUUUCAGCAGGAGUGAAUAGUUUUGGGUGUAGAGCUUCAUUUUGACCUGGAAAUAGGAUGUUUGGGGAAUUGAGUGAGAUGUUAUGGAUUUGUGUUUACUGUUGUGCGGAUAUGAGGCGUAGUUUCAAGAAAUGUGUUUUAGCAAUCGAGAAAAACUGUAAUAUCAGUCU